CAGGCACAUGAUACUGCAGAGCUUCAGAAUCAGAAGUCAACUCAGCUGGACAGCUGCCUCCUGCCUUCCUAAAGAGGGAGAAAGUGGUUUACUAGUGUAGAUGCCUGCCUCAUUUGCUUCACCAACAUGAGAUAGGGCAUGCUGGAGAGAAGGGAGAUUUUUGCAAGUAGAGCCUACCAUGAUUUCUCAGGGGACAAAAUUUUGCUUAUUCAUACCUUCUACUGUGGCAAAAAUGGAUUAUUUUCCUCACCAAAAACCAGCAGCAUAAUGCCCAUCUGACACAUGCCUCAAGGAACUCCUAUUUAAAGUCUGUUCACAAUGGAUGCCUUCUAGCCAACCAGUGAGCCCUGCUGCUGCUGCAUAUCUGGCAGCUUCUCUGAAUGAGCACAUGACUCUUGAUAUGGAUGCAGUCCUGUCAGACUUUGUUCGGUCCACAGGGGCAGAGCCAGGUCUGGCAAGAGACUUACUGGAAGGCAAAAACUGGGAUUUGACAGCAGCUUUGAGUGACUAUGAGCAGCUCCGGCAGGUACACACGGCCAACUUGCCACAGGUGUUCAACGAGGGCAAGUACUACAAGCAGCAGGAGCCAGAGCAGCCCCCCCAGGUGACGAAGGCUGAGAGGCCUUGCCUGCAAAGGCAGGAUGACAUUGCCCAAGAAAAGCGUCUUUCCAGAGGCAUUUCCCACGCCAGCUCAGCCAUCGUCUCCCUUGCUCGGUCACAUGUGGCAAAUGAGUGCAGCAAUGAGCAGUUCCCUUUGGAGAUGCCCAUCUACACAUUCCAGCUACCAGACCUUAGUGUAUAUAGUGAAGAUUUCAGAAGCUUCAUUGAACGUGACUUAAUUGAGCAGGCAACAAUGGUUGCCUUGGAGCAAGCAGGACGAUUAAAUUGGUGGUCCACGGUGUGUACGAGUUGCAAACGUCUGCUUCCCUUGGCUACAACAGGGGAUGGAAACUGUCUCUUGCAUGCUGCAUCUUUAGGGAUGUGGGGAUUUCAUGACCGGGACCUGGUUUUACGUAAAGCUCUCUAUACCAUGAUGAGAAGUGGAGCUGAAAGGGAAGCACUGAAAAGAAGAUGGAGAUGGCAACAGACCCAGCAGAAUAAGGAGUCAGGUUUAGUGUACACAGAAGAAGAAUGGGAACGGGAGUGGAACGAACUGCUUAAGCUGGCAUCAAGUGAGCCUCGUACACAUUUCAGCAAGAAUGGAGGCACUGGUGGUGGAGUUGAUAAUUCAGAAGAUCCAGUGUAUGAGAGUCUGGAGGAGUUUCAUGUCUUUGUCUUAGCACAUAUUUUGAGAAGACCUAUUGUUGUAGUAGCAGACACCAUGUUACGAGACUCAGGGGGAGAAGCAUUUGCACCUAUACCAUUUGGAGGAAUUUAUUUGCCACUUGAAGUUCUACCUAACAGGUGCCAUUGCUCACCUCUUGUGCUAGCCUAUGAUCAGGCCCAUUUCUCUGCUCUUGUUUCCAUGGAACAAAAGGAUCAACAGAGAGAACAAGCGGUGAUCCCCCUGACUGACUCUGAACACAAGUUAUUGCCUUUGCACUUUGCAGUCGAUCCUGGGAAAGACUGGGAGUGGGGAAAAGAUGACAAUGAUAACACCAGACUGGCCAAUUUGAUUCUGUCUCUUGAGGCAAAGCUUAAUCUUCUACACAGCUAUAUGAAUGUAACAUGGAUACGCAUACCAUCUGAGACACGGCAGGCCCCUUUGGCUCAACCAGAAUCCCCUACAGCUUCAGCUGGGGAAGAUGUUCAGUCUCUGGCUGACUCAAUGGACUCAGACCGGGAUUCCAUCUGUAGUAAUUCCAACGGCAAUAAUGGUAAAAACAGUAAAGAAAAAGAAAAGGACAAGCAGAGGAAAGAUAAAGACAAAAACAGGACAGAUUCAGUUGCCAAUAAAAUAGGAAGCCUCAGUAAAACCCUGGGAAUUAAACUGAAAAAGAAUAUGGGUGGUCUUGGAGGCCUGGUGCAUGGCAAAAUGAGCAGAACCAAUUCAGGGAAUGGAAAAAAUGGUGACACAGUAGAGAAAGUCAAAGAGAAGAAGUCUAAGUCUCGAAAAGGGAGCAAAGAGGAGUCUGGCCAGUCUGCAAGCACUUCUCCAUCUGAAAAGACCACUCCAUCUCCAACUGACAGAGCCAGCAACUCACCCACUGAAAAGACAAACAGUAAAUCCUUCUCUGACAAGCAAUCUGACCCAUGGAAGUACAGCACUGAUGUGAAGCUCAGCCUAAACAUUUUGAGAGCUGCCAUGCAGGGUGAACGCAAGUUUAUUUUUGCUGGCCUCCUUCUGACCAGCCACAGGCACCAGUUCCAUGAGGAGAUGAUAGGCUAUUACCUGACCAGUGCACAGGAGCGCUUCAAUGCAGAACAGGAACAGAAGAGAAAGGAUGCUGAGAAAAAGGCUGCACUGAAUGGGUCAUCUAGUAGGAAAAUGGAGCCAGAAGCAUAUUCAAAAGAAAAAUUAGAAACAUCUCCUCAGGAUAGAGCAUCACCCGUCUUGCCUCAAAGCCAUACGACUCAACUGGUUUUAAAAUUUAAAGAUCGCACUAGUCCCACUCCUGGGUCAUUUUCUUCACCUAGUAAUAGUGCUAAGAAAAGUGGACCCAUUCCAGUAUCUGCACACUAUAGCCAUACGCCACCUGUUCAGAGGCAAAGUGUCAUCCAUUUGCAUGAUGUCAACUCCAAGCCAUCGAGCUUCCAAGAUGAUACCUACAAGCCAGUGGUUGGCACCUUAAAAACCUGUGCCACCUACCCCCAGCAAAACAGGUCACUGUCUUCUCAAAGCUACAGCCCAGCCCGGAUAUCUGGUAUCCGUACAGUGAACACAGUGGAAUCAUUGAGCUAUGCCAUGCCUACUGAACACAAGUCUCAGACUUACACAAAUGGAUUCAAUACUGGAGAUAUUAGAGACUGCUUAGAAUACGCUGAUGAGGAUGCUCCUCAGACCUGGUUGAACAAUGAUAAAAAUCAAGGCAGAAGCACAGUUUGCCCAAUCUAUUCUAUCCAGCAGAACCGCUGUAAGAAGGAGAACUGUUCCUUUUAUGGUCGUCCUGAGACUGACAAUUACUGUUCAUACUGCUACAAAGAGGAGUUAAAGCGCAGGGAGAGAGAAAGCAAGGGACACAGGCAUUGAGGAUUCUUCUGUGACUACUUAGUUUUACCAUUUUCUUACUUACAAAGUAAACAGUGUUAAAAUGCAGUAAAAGGAAUCCUUAAAAAAAUAAUAAAGGAUUGAUGA